GCGACAUCGUGGACAAGUCAAUCUUUGGAAUAAGCACUUGUUCUCCUGAGGCAAGCCCCGUGGAUAUCCGACACUGCCGCCACGUCAAUUCGACUGGACCCCAUGAUGCGCCAAAACAGUCGACACAAGGGGAUUCAAGUGCCUAUUGGCACUGUCCGCGACCUCGCUUUGCUCCAUGUUAUCCUGUGCUUCCAUGGACUGACUGACGUGCGAACACCAAUCCCUGCAGCCCACGAUCCGAAUGCGGCGAAAACAGACACAAACGCGGGUUGCUCAGAGAUCCAGCGUACUCUUUUACGCUCACUGCAGCGUCGUGUCGAGAGCACCUUGGCUAUCUCUGGACUGGCUGCGAAACGGGCAUAAGGCUGCCUAACAUGUUGUUUCUCUUUCCAGACCGUGGCUGCGCCAGAUCGGAUUUCGGAGCACCCAGAGGUCCAUACAUGAUGCGCUGUUUGUCUGGGAGCUGUGCGUCGCCGGUCGUUGCCCGGCCUGGCUCCGUGUCUGCUGCUGAUAUGCAUACUGUCCUACGUGGAUGGCGAGUUAGCGCAGGACGGCGAGCAGUCCCUGGUCUAGGACGACGAGUCCCUGGAUGGAGACAAUGCAUCGACGUUUUGCCGCAUUCUCUGAGUCUCAGGCCCUAUGUGUGUCUGUCUCAUCGGCGUAUUCAGCGCUUCUCUGCGUUCAUCGAUCUUUCUUCGCACAUGUCAUCUCCAACCGCCCGAACGAUCCUGUGAACAUCUCUUGUGCGUCGAACCCAGCGGCCGACAAAACUGGUGCCGCAUCUGUUCAAAGAAUCGCGAAACGACACUGGCGAUGAUAACGACCGACAUCUUCACAUCAUCCCAAGUCAAGAAGGACGAGCUGUCGAUUCACGGCAGAAGGAUGCAUACGUUGACAACAAACGCUAAACCAACAAAGUUCCUGGCGCACGUUAUCGGAUUCGCCCUGGUAGCGUUUCACGGACAAUCCGUCGUUCGCGGGAGUGCAUGCGAGACUGGUCGAAGAGCUGAACGGCCUCGAUAUCCCCCCAAAUGGUCAGAUCCAAGGACGGUAUAUUACACAUUGCCGGAGACAUGGUAUCAGUACCGGCAGCAGCAUCAGCCGGCCUUCAUCCUCGCACCAUGCAAACGGUCCCCCAUGCCAGUCACAGGCAUUCGCACUCUGAUCCGUCCAAUAGCGGUGCCACUGCGACGGUUUCUACGAGCGCAUCGUCUUUGGCAACACACCACGAGUAGCAGUCGCAGUCGCAGCUGCAACCACAGCCUGCCACUGCCGGUUGUCGGCAGUGCAUUCCGACUCGCAUAACACCUCGGACGGCGCGAUGCGUCUGCCGGCGGUAGAGGACGUUAGAUUGCGAGAGUAUGGGCAGCUAUUGAAGGCCGGAUCGCCGGGCAGGAUCAGCGGAUGCCUGUCCAGACGCAAGGUUCAAUGCGUUGCAUGUUCAUCCUUGCGUGCAAUGAGGGUGAUUGUGAUUUGUCGAUGUGUGCUUGGGAAUUCUAUGGCUCGGAGGCAGUCGCGCUCUGGGAUUGAGACACGGCAGCGGAAGCAAUUGCCGCAGGGAGCAUGGGACCAGGAGCGAAUGUGCUUGGUCAGCGGGAUCAUGAUUCGUACACUGGCGUGGGUAUUCAUUGACUGAGGUUUCCCUGCUGUCGUUGUCGGAGACAACGCCAGAACGGAGCACUCAGUCGAAACCUCGCCAGAGCUCGAUCUUUGCCGCACGAGAGAGCACUACCUGACGUGGUGUGUAUAGUAUAUAUGCAUAUAUCUACCAAUCUACAUCAGGCAUAACGAGGAGUCUCAUUGGCCACUUCGGCCAUCAUAUCGUCAAAGUCGUCGAGAACACUGGAUAUUUGACCCCGUGUCAG